CCUGCUCCCGAGGGCGCCAGUAGCGAGUAGGCGAGCGAGCUGGGGGUUCACAGGCAGCGUCCCAGGCGGGCGGGGGCCCGGCGGGCGUGCGGGGAGGUGCAGGCUUCAGGCUGGGGCGGAUCCUUCGCCUCCGGCUGCCGUAGGAUCGCGGGGCCGCCGCUCCACCGGCGACAUCUUGGUGAAGGACGUGCUGGUGGUAACGUUGGACUCCCUGUAGCUGCAGCGCCAAGAUCUCUGCUGACCUCCGGAGCACGCAGGAUCGAACGCGCAGGAGCUAGGUCGCGUCUCCUGGAAGCCCUCCUGGAACCCCGCCCCCGCGGCUACCUGAACCACCGGUCCCUCCCGGCCCGAGACUCCGCCCCCGCCAGGACUCCGCCCCUCUCCCAGAAUCACCCCGUCACAGACCCGCCCCCUUCCCCGCCCUUGCUUGCCCCAGCCUCCGCCCUCCGGUCCGGGCGGGGCUCUGGGUUUGAACCGCGCGGCGGGCCGGGCCUCUGAGUCCGGUCGAGCCCAUAGGCGGCGGCGCGGAGCCGGCAGUCUGCGGCGCGCGGCACCAUGUCCCCGGGCAGUGGGGUGAAGAGCGAGUACAUGAAGCGCUACCGGGAGCCGCGCUGGGACGAGUAUGCGCCGUGCUACCGCGAGCUGCUGCGCUACCGCCUGGGCCGCCGGCUGCUGGAGCAGGCGCACGCGCCCUGGCUCUGGGACGCCUGGGGCCCGGACAGCCCCUCAGACAGCUCGGCUUCACCCAGUCCGGCGCCCAGGGGUCCUUUAGGGGAGCCCUUGGCGCCCUCCGCGCCGGAGGAGGAGCAGACGGUGGGGGAGCGCGGCGCGGAGCUGCGGGGCGCGGAGGUUGGGGACGCGGAGGAGCAGGACACAGUGCUACCAGCACCACCAAAAAAGGACAUAGACGGAAAACCCGAACAACAGACUGGGACAAGAGAGACUGACAGGGUGCCCACUGGCCCUGGCCCCGACCCUCGACAGCAGCCUAGUGCCUUAUUUGCCAGAGGAAGUAAGAAAGCAGCCAGAAGCCCCCAAAGAUCAGCAAGCAAAAUAAAAGAGAACAAGCACCCAUUUGCUCUGUAUGGCUGGGGAGAGAAACAGAUGGACACGGGGAGCCAGAAGACGCACAACGUCUGUGCAUCAGCCCCUGUGCAUGAGAUUCAUGAAUCUGCACUUCGAGCCAAGAACAGAAGACAGGUGGAAAAAAGGAAACUGGCUGCCCAGAGGCAGCGGGCUCACUCCGUGGAUGUGGAGAAGAACCGGACGGUAAAGCCAACUUCCGCAGAGAACCCAUGGCUGACGGAGUACAUGCGGUGCUACUCAGCCAGGGCCUAGAUGCUGGCACGCCUUCUUUCAAGUGUUUAUGAGAGAAAAGGAAAACCAAAACUGCCCAAUGAGACCACGCACGGGUGGCAGAAAUCAACUGGUCCUGCAAGGCUCCUCUUAGGAAUUGUCAAGAGAUGGUUUUGCUUUCGUGAUGGUUCGUCACCUGCCUUAGUAGUUAGGGCAGACCCUCGAAGCCAUAGAUGUUGGCUUGUUUAUGAAGACAAGUCCCCAAGUCUUGAUAUUCUUGUAAGAGUUUUAUUUUAAAGAUUUUAACCUUUGGAGAUACCCACACCAAAUGCCUUUAACUGGCUCUAGGCGCUCCCCACCACACCCUCCUCUCGCACGGAUCAGCACCACAUUCCACAGCUGGCAGGGGCAUCCCGUCCCACAGUGCAGGGCUCACAGGCACGACGUCUGUGCAGCUGGCUCCAGGGAGCAGCAAGGAAAGCAAGGGCUCAAGCAUGAGACGAUGCUGUUCCCGAUGAACUAGGACUUUGGCAGCUGCUGAGCAAUGACACUGGACAUUUCAUUUCUCCUCACCUCCAUGUAGACUAUGAUAUUUAAGAAUUUUUCUGGCCAGAGCAAUGGUCACCUUUUCUUCUUAAAUUGUCACUUAGACAUUCAUUUAACUUAUAAUUUAGUAGUUCUGGGACAUUCCAGUGAGUGACGUGCCGUGCAGUCACGUGCAGUCCGUGUUUAAUGGUGACAUUUCUUUUAACUGCAGCAUUCCUCGUUCGAGCACACAGGGUAGAGUCAGCCGCUCGUUAAGUCUGACCUGCCAAGCCCCUCUCCGGAGAGAGCAGACGGUGACAUGGAAAACUUGAAAUUCGAAAUGACCUUUAAUGAACUGAGUUUGCUUGGCCUGUGGGGAUGGGACCAGCAGACAGCACGAGUGUGCCAUCACCUCCCUUCUGUUUUCUCUUCCGUAGACCGGGAUGAAGGAAGGCUUCAUGAUGCACGGUGCUGAUAGUGUAAGCAAAAAUGUGACGACUUGGUGUCUGGCCUGGUGAUCCGAACUAUGGACAAUAGGGCAUGUGCCAGCCUGGCUGAAAAUGUCCUUCCUCUAGUAGAGGACAACUGUCAGGGUUAGAAAGAUGGCUUUAAAAAAACCUAGGUUUCCAUGAGAUGGGUGCCUUCUCCAUCCUGCUGAAGGGACGCUCAGAAGCCGAGCACCAUGGUCUUCCUGAGAGGCAGGGAGAUCUUUUGCCUGCACCCGCUCAGCAGCUGAGUUUGCUGGGUAAAACUGGGCGUGUGGCUGAGCCUUUCCGCGAUAUUUUUCCUUUGGCUUUUUGAGUAUGAUAAUUUCUAGAACACAAACUGAUUUCAUUCCAUAUAAAAUCGUCACACGAUGUCAUCCUAAAACUGUAUGAAGCUUUGAAAAUGCAUAUUGAAGAAUCAUGAGUGUUUUAAAAAAACUUUAAAAAUAUUUGCCUAUUUUGUAUAGACCCUUGUGUACAGAGCCCUCCCAGGGAGGUGUGUAUUUAAUUAAAGAGUAAGAUCUACAUGUUGUCCAAGUUGUCCAAGUACAACCUUGCUCAUGCCUCUAUUGACCACAUAGUCCCCAGGUGUCACACAGGCAGGGUGACUGGGGCAGUGGCCCAGUUUGUUGAGUAUUACUCUUUGUAAAGCUGUGCCUUGAAGGUCUGUGUUCCCCGCCCAGCCCUCUGUCACCAAGUUGCACCCAACAAUCUCAGAAAGAAGGGGGGGCGGGAGGAAGGACACAGGAUCCCCACCCUGGCCUUCAGACAUGUGCAGAAGACACACACAUCCUUCUGCAUGUGUGGUGAAAUACAGGGUGAGGCGUGUUGAGAACCAUGCUGGUGUCUUUGCCACCUUCUUUUUACACAGAGCACAAACAAUCAGGACUUGGGGGAAUCUUUAAUGUUCAAACACCACAAGGAAGUGCGUAUGGAUUAGCUGUGACUCCCACACCCGAGUCCCUAGUGUUUAGGCUUCAAUUUUUCUCCCUUUCAAAAGGUGGUAGUUACCUUUUAAGCCUAUGAAUUUUUUUUUUCCAAGACAGGGUUUCUCUGUAGCUUUGGAGUCUGUCCUGGAACUAGCUCUGUAGACCAGGCUGGCCUCAAAUUCACAGAGAUCCACCUGGCUCUGCCUCCUGAGUGCUGGGAUUAAAGGUGUGCACCACCACCGUCCGGUGAGCCUAUGAGAUUUUUAACAAAUCGAUCUAAGCAUCAGCAUUUUUCCUUUCCUCGGAGCUAAUACAGGACACGUUUCAAGGCAGUGAGAUAAUUUAAAGUUAGCUUCCAUGCUGGAAAUGUCUGAAAAUGUUUGAGAAUACCAUCAUAUUUAAACUAAAUGAUAACAAGUCUUUUUAAAAUUUUGAUUUUAAGGUCU